UUCAAACACAACUCAAAUCCUAAAUCCAAAAGUUCUCAAAAAAAAGGAAUAAAAAAAACGUUUUCAAAAUUCAUUUCUCUUCUCACAAGUCUCAAAUGGUCGAUUUAGAUUGGAAAGCAAAGAUGGUCUCCUCCAACAUACCCAACAAAUCCUCCAAACUCUCCACCAAGCUCCACGUUUCGGUUCCCGGUUCGUUUCGCUCCGCCGCCCAAGUUCAGACCGAUAUUUGCGCCGCCUCCGAAAUGUCCUGCUCCACCUACGAGCACUACCUCCGCCUCCCGGAGCUCCGAGAGUUCUGGAGCUCUCACGACUUCCCAUCGUGGAAAAACGAGUCCAUUCUCAAGCCGGCUCUCCAAGCUCUCGAAAUCUCGUUCCGGUUCGUCUCGACCGUUUUGUCCGACCCUAGACCGUACUCAAACCGGCGCGAGUGGAAGCGCCGGCUUGAGUCGCUCAUUACCAGCCAGAUACAGCUCAUCGCGAUGUUGAUCGAGGACGACGAGGAGGACAGCGAGACGCGCGGAUUGGCGCCGAUCGUCGAUCUCAGCACGUCGAACGGGGAGCUGGCCCGCGACGGGAGCAUGGCGGAGGUGUGGAGUUCUGGGGAGCACACGGUGGUCAGCCGCACCAGCGAGGUCAGCUUGCUACCUAGGCUCGCCACGUGGCAGAAAUCGGAAGGGAUGGCACAGAAGAUCUUGUACUCGAUCGAGUGCGAGAUGAGUAACUGUCCGUACUCGUUGGGUCUGGGGGAGCCGAACCUCGCCGGGAAGCCGAACCUGGAUUACGACGCCGUUUGCAAGCCGAGCGAGCUGCAUUCGCUGAGGAAGAGCCCGUACGAUGCCCACGUCGACAACUACGAAAACCAGACGGUGUACACCACGCACCAGGUCCUCGAGUCGUGGGUCCACGUUUGCCGGGAGCUUCUCAUGCGCGCGGUAAGCCGCAUCGACUCUCGAGACCUGGAAAAGGCCGCGAGCGACUGUUACGUGAUCGAACGGAUAUGGAAGCUCCUCGCAGAGAUAGAGGAUCUUCACCUUCUGAUGGACCCAGCCGAUUUUCUGAGGCUGAAGAACCAGCUGCGGAUCAAGACGGUGGACGAUACGGAGUCAUUUUGCUUCAGAUCGAAGGCGCUCGUGGAGGUGACGAAGCUCUGCAAGGAGCUGAGGCAUAAGGUGCCGUCCAUACUGGGUGUUGAGGUGGACCCCAAGGGUGGGCCCAGGAUUCAGGAGGCGGCGAUGAGGCUGUACUCGGAGAAGAAAGCCGAGUCAGACUCGGAAUCCGUCUCGGAUAAGAUCCACUUGCUGCAGGCGCUUCAGGCGAUUGAGUCGGCGUUGAAGCGAUUCUACUACGCGUACAAGCAGGUGCUGGUGGUGUUGAUGGGGAGCUUGGAGGCGAAGGGGAACCAAGUCGUGGUGAGUCCGGAGGCGUGUGACUCGCUGAGUCGGAUAUUUCUGGAGCCGACCUAUUUUCCGAGCUUGGACGCGGCGAAGACGUUUUUGGGGGAUAGUUUGAAUCACGGGUUACACGGCGGACACAGGCGGAAACAGUGAGAGAUCGACGCGUUGACUGAUUUGGGCGUUGGAGAUUGACUCGGUCUGCUAACUCGUGUUGGACAGACACUUGUAAACUCCUGAAAUGCGAAUAUUCUUUUUACUGCUUUUCCCCAUCCUGGGAUUUUUGUUAUUUCUAGUUUUGUUUCUGGCUCAUCAAAUCUUGUAAAAUAUUACCAAUUCUUAUAAAAUAUUUCAUUUGUUA